GUCUGUUGCCGCCCAAGCCCCUUCUAAAACCCUCUUCCCGUGUCACGAUUUGUUCCUCUCCUUUGCUCUUCGCCUUCGGAGGCUCUUUCUUCUCCCGUUCGGUACCAUGGCGGAGCUUAAGAAGCUAUCGGAGAGCCGGGACCUCACCCGGAUCGAGCGCAUCGGCGCCCACUCCCACAUCCGCGGCCUGGGCCUCGACUCCUCUCUCGAGGCCCGCGCCGUCUCCGAGGGCAUGGUCGGCCAGCAGUCCGCCCGCAAGGCUGCUGGCCUCAUCCUCCAGCUCAUCCGCGAGGGCAAGAUCGCCGGCCGCGCCAUCCUCCUCGCCGGCCAGCCCGGCACCGGCAAGACCGCCAUUGCCAUGGGCCUCGCUAAGUCCCUUGGCCAGGAGACCCCCUUUGCCACCGUCUCCGGCUCCGAGCUCUUCUCUCUCGAGAUGUCCAAGACCGAGGCCCUGACUCAGGCCUUCCGCCGCGCCAUCGGUGUCCGCAUCAAGGAGGAGGCCGAGAUUAUCGAGGGCGAGGUCGUCGAGAUCACCAUCGACCGCCCCGCCGCCACCGCCGGAGGCAGCGCAAGCGGCUCCUCCGGCCAAUCAUCGUCUGCCUUCAAGACCGGGAAGCUGACGCUCAAGACCACCGACAUGGAGACGGUGUACGAUUUGGGCAACAAGAUGAUCGAGGCGUUGACGAAGGAGAAGGUGCAAAGCGGGGAUGUGAUAGCCUUGGAUAAGGUUUCCGGGAAGGUCACGAAGCUGGGGCGAUCCAUCGGACGGUCCAGGGACUACGACGCGGUGGGACCCAAUACGAAAUUCGUGAGGUGUCCUGAGGGGGAGCUGCAGAAGAGGAAGGAGGUCGUGCACUGCGUCACCCUUCAUGAGAUAGAUGUCAUCAACAGCAGAACUCAAGGCUUUUUAGCACUCUUUACUGGUGACACUGGUGAAAUCCGUUCUGAGGUCCGAGAGCAGAUAGAUACAAAAGUGGCAGAGUGGAGAGAGGAAGGAAAAGCUGAGAUUGUCCCAGGUGUCCUGUUCAUUGAUGAGGUUCACAUGCUUGACAUUGAGUGCUUCUCAUUCCUAAAUCGCGCAUUGGAGAAUGACAUGGCCCCCAUUCUGGUCAUUGCAACAAACCGAGGGAUCACAACCAUCCGAGGCACGAACUACAGAUCUCCCCAUGGAAUCCCACCUGAUUUCCUCGAUCGCUUACUUAUAAUAUCUACUCAGCCAUACACUGAGGAGGAGAUCCGGAAGAUUCUUGACAUCAGAUGUGAAGAGGAAGAUGUAGAAAUGUCAAAGGAUGCAAAGGUUCUUUUAACAAAAAUAGGUGCGGAGACCUCUUUGAGGUACGCAAUCAACUUGAUCACAGCAGCUGCACUUGCUUGCCAGAAGAGAAGGGGUAAGAUUGUGGAGAUGGAGGAUAUAAGUAGGGCAUAUCAGCUGUUUCUUGAUGUGAAAAGAUCGACACAAUAUUUAAUGGAGUACCAGAGCCAGUACAUGUUCAAUGAAGUGCCGAGAGAGGUGGAUGAAGAUGAAACUAUGCAAUCUUAAUUCAGAAUGGGGACAGCUUCAUCUCAAUGUGGUCACAUUAGUUCUAGGAUUGUUUUUGAUGCUUUCUGCACUUGGUUCAUCUCAAUCUGGUUGUUUGGAUCCUGGAAUCAUGUCAAAAACAAGAUUUUCUAUGUAGAGAGCCUUUAAUUCUCUUUAAUUCUCUGUAAACUUAGAAAGAUCGGUUAUUUCUCUUCUA